UUUUUUUUUUAACAACAAUAACGACAAAAGUAUGAAUCCUAGUGAAUUUCCACCUUUAAACUUACAAGAUAAUACAACUUUUAAAAAUGAUAAUAUCUCCAUGGAAUCGUCUUUGGAUCAAGUCGAUCAACGUUCGCCUUCACAAAAUAGUUCUUUGAAACCAUCUUAUGCAGAUACAGCUGGUCAAGAAGUUCACUUGUUGGAAAAUAAUCCUACCCCAGCUGAACAAAUUAAAGGAAAACUGUUAGAUCAUCAAAUACCAGAAUACACACCUCCUAAUCCUUCAAGAUCGUAUGCCGAUGUCUCUUCUCAUGAAGGAUUCCCUACUUUGGAAGAAUCAGUUGAAAGACAAACUCCACAAGAAAAUGAUCUAUCUGAUCUUCCUUCUAUAACAGAAUUACAAGAACAACCUUCAGCGCGAAGGAUUCCUCCUCCUCCUCCUUCAGCAAGUUUUGCAAAGAUGGCUUCCAAACCUGCUCCAUCACCUCCUCCUUCUCCUCCUUUUGUUCAACCACCAUCUAUUUAUGACAGUACCACCUUCCCUUCUCUCGAAUCAUCCACCAAACAGACACGGCUCGGCUCCGAUACUCUGGCUUCUUUACAAUCUAUCUCAAAUCAAUCGACACAAGUCGUGGAUGCAACAAAACAAUCUGUCCCAUUUACUCAAUCGUAUGUAGAUGCUGUUAGCCAAGAUUUGGAUCAAGCUCCUCCUUCAGCCCAAUCCCGUAUUCAUUUACAACCUGUUUUCAAUGAACACGAUAUGAUGACUGAAAGUACUCGCCGGGAAACAAGAAAAUUGAAACAAUUACAAAACUCUGGAAACACAAAAGACUUGACACCUGAAAUGGAAAAAUUGGAGAAAUUACUACGAGAAAAUCAACAAGACAUUGGAAUCACUGAAGAACAAGCAAUUAAAAAGUCCCCAGAAAAAGCACAACAGACUAAAAAGGAAAAUAUUAUUCAAAGGAAGGAAAAUCGUCAAUAUCCUAACAAGUUUACGAUCUUUAACACCUUGUCUACGCUUCAUAGCAACGGAUAUUCUUGGUUAACAUCACUCUUCACCGCUAUGCUUCUUCAUAUUCGAUACUCACCCUUCACCUCACCUUAUCGAUUCCCUUUUAUUUAUCGUUCCUUGACUGAUCUUGUGACAUUACCGAUUUACACAAAAUAUGUACGUACCACGCAUAUUCCUCUGUUACAACAAUCAAAGCAACAAUUGGACGAAUCUAUCUCCGAGUAUGGAUGUACUCGUAACAACAUUAUUGGGUUACGUUUAUAUGAUGGACUCCGGGUAAUCAAGCAUUUGGAAGAACAUGAAAAAUUACAAUGGUGGCAAGUAGGAAUUUGGGCAACUCAUCGGGUACAUUGGAUGCUCUCAUUUAUGGCACUACAAGAUGCUACUACUCAAUUGGUACCUUCUUCUACAUUGUUGGCAUUGAAAGAUGUCGAAAAUGAAAAUAAUGAAUGAUGGAUUUUUUUUUUUUUGUUGUAUCCUACUCCAUUCACUAUUCACAUAACUUUAUAUUUUACUCCAUUGUGUCUUAAAUUAGUUUUAAUCACAUAUAUUAACGGUUGUAUAUUUUAUAUUUACCUUUAUGUCUUCUUUAGCAAUAAAGUAUGUUAUUUUUUAUAUGAAUGAUUUGAUGGAUGGACAGUAACGAAUGACUGACUAUAAUUUAUAAA